UUAUGCGGAGUUUUUGUAGCCGGAAUCUUUUCCAGUUACGUGUUUCUAGUCGGUCGACGUUCGAGCGAGCACCAAUCUCAUCAUGUCGAGGCACCUUCGCUUCGUUGCGCGGACAGUGAUGGUCCAAAACGGCGACGUUGACGCAGCGUACAACACUUUAAACAGGAUCCUAACUCAGGAAGGGAUUAUUGACACAGUGAAGCGCAAGCGCUACUUUGAGAAGCCCUACGUAGAGCGCCAGCGGAAGAAUUUUGAGAACUGUAGGCGCAUCUACCACAUGGAAAUGGCCAGGAAAAUUGCCUUCAUCUCUAGGACGAACAGAGAGGAUCCCUGGCUUGGCUGCUAAGGAAAUGGAGUGUGAUGAAACAGGAUGUUAUCAAUGGACUGGUUGAGACGGAGCCAGCAGAGCGGAGGAAGCAAACAAUACCAACACGGUGUCACUGUCCCAUCUAAAUGAACUUUGGAAAAUACUGAAAAUAAUGGCUUUCAUGUUGCCACAUUGUUUAACAGUUAAUAAGUGUGCAUUCAUUUUCAAGUUAACACAGAACAUUGUUUUCCAUUUGUUUCCAUUUAUUUCUUGGUUGUAAUACGCAGGUGAAGGAACACUUGGUUGGAUAUUUUUUGUUUAUGAAUCACACACAAUCUUGCUAAUGAAAAAACUAAUAAAUGUAUGACAUUUUCUGAAAAUUUUGAA